AUGCCUGUCGUAUCUCAAGUCGUGGCUGCAGGCCAUCCAGAGUGGUUUGCUUACUGGGUCGAGCUGGCUCCUGGUCGCUAUACCGCUGUUCGAACUAUUAGAUUCGACGCCCACCACGAUCUCCCACUCAAGCUCCUUCGGCCCCUCUGUUCUGCUCCCUUUCCGGCGAAGAUCGACUUGCCGUCUCUGCAGGGUUAUCAUAACGCAUGGGCGAACUCCAUCCUCCUCCGAGACGCUGCCAUCGCUGCUGAGCCGGGCGUCGGCGACUGGCUCGUCCGCCGCGCCUCCGACCACCUCCUCGUCGCAUCCAACGGCGUGCUCUCGAAAGCCGCAACAGCGGGCAAGACAGAAGAGCCAGCAAGCAGCAUGCUUGCGUUGGAGCGCGAGAUCGCCGAGCUGCGACUGGAGAUGAUCGUGCUGGUGCUGGAGGGGUUUUGGCGCGAAGACGAUGGCGGCGUGGCGUGUGCGGUGCUGGAUGAUAUCUUGGUGGGGUGGCUGGGGGUGGAAGAGGGAAUGUACUGGUGGAAUUAUACGGAGAGAGGGGAGUUGGAGGGGUUGCGGGAUGACUUGGAGCUGGUUCGGCGGUGGAAUGAGGAGAAUUGA